AGUCAAGUGAAUUGAUACUGAUGUGAUAAUUUUUUUUCCUAGAGUGCUGAUCAGAUCUCAGCGUUGUGUCGAAGCUUGCAGGAAGUCAACCGUGACAUGAUGGAUCGACAAAACGAUAGCCCAGACCCUCCAAGGAGACCACUAGCUCGGCACUUAUCAGAUGCAGAUAGACUUCGAAAGGUUAUACAGGAGCUAGUUGAUACAGAAAAAUCCUAUGUUAAAGAUUUGAGUUGCCUCUUUGAAUUAUACUUGGAACCUUUGCAAAAUGAAACCUUCCUUACCCAAGAUGAGAUGGACUCUUUGUUUGGCAGUCUGCCUGAAAUGCUUGAUUUCCAGAAGAUAUUCCUCCAAACCUUGGAAGAUGGCAUUUCAAGUUCUACUGACUUCGAAAUACUUGAGACUCCAUCGCAGUUUCGAAAAUUGCUGUUUUCUCUGGGAGGAUCUUUUCUUUAUUAUGCAGAUCACUUUAAACUGUACAGUGGAUUCUGUGCAAACCAUAUCAAAGUGCAGAAAGUUCUAGAAAGAGCUAGAACAGACCCAGCUUUUAAGGAAUUUUUGGAUGCCAGAAACCCCACAAAGCAGCAUUCUUCUACUUUGGAGUCCUAUCUGAUCAAACCAGUGCAGAGGGUUUUGAAAUAUCCGCUGUUGUUGAAAGAAUUAGUGUCCUUGACAGACAAUGAAAGUGAAGAGCAUUAUCAUCUGACAG